CAAAUGCGCACAGAUAUAGCACAUGCUUUUGUUCGGGGUGCUCAAGAAAUAGGCUUAAAGCAGACAGACUACAAUGGCGAGUCACAAAUGGGAGUUUCUUAUGUUCAGACUAACACACGUUAUGGACGGCGUCACAGUGCUUAUAGGGCCUUUAUAGAACCUAUUAUGUUUAAACGUAAUAAUUUGAAAAUAUUUACUUUUGCCCGGGUAACAAAAGUGUUAAUAGAUACCAAUUCAAAAACAGCUUAUGGCAUAGAAUUUCUAUAUCGUCGUCAGCGUUAUAUAUUUAAGGCCCGUAAAGAGGUUAUACUUUCGGCGGGAGCCUUUAACUCUCCCCAAUUGUUAAUGUUAUCGGGCAUAGGACCUGCCGAUAAUUUAGGUAAUUUGGGUAUAAAGAUCUUAAAAGAAUUGCCGGUGGGUUUGAGAAUGUAUGAACAUGUCACACACUUUGGACCUACUUUCAUAGUUAAUACCACUAAGCAAGCCUUGUUUCCCUCUAGAAUGACAGCCAGAGAUAUUUUAGGUUUCUUGGCGGGUCAUCCAGACACCCGUUUAUCCAUGUUGCCGGGCGUAGAAGCUUUGGCAUUUCUUAAGGUACCAGGCUCUAAGUUACCUACAGAUUGGCCUGAUGUAGAGAUUAUUUUCGCUAGUGCUAGUUUAGCUUCCGAUGAUGGUACCGCUUUAAAACAGGGAGGUAAUAUAAAACAAAUAGUCUAUGAUCGUUUGUAUCGUCCUUUAGAGAAAUCCAAACAAGAUCAUUUUACUGUAAUUAUCAUGCCCUUCCAUCCCAAGUCACUGGGUAGGGUAUGGCUAAGAAAUACUAAUCCUUUACAAGCAGCCAUGAUUGAUCCUAAUUAUUUUGAUCAUCCCGAAGAUAUAGAAUAUAUAUUGCAGGGCAUUAAGGCAGCCAUACGUAUAGCAGAGACACCGGCUAUGAAAAGUAUUGGUACCGAAAUUUUGAAUAUCACUGUACCGGGUUGUGAGUCCUACGAUUUUGGUAGCGAUGACUAUUGGCGUUGUUCUAUAAGAACUUUGACUUAUACUUUACAUCAUCAAGUGGCGACUUGUCGCAUGGGUCCUUCGUCAGACCCAACAGCUGUGGUAAGUCCGGAAUUACGAGUACAUGGCAUUGGCAAGUUAAGAGUGGUGGAUGUAGGCAUUAUACCUUUACCGCUGACGGCCCAUACUAAUGCGGCCGCAUUUAUGAUAGCUGAAAAAGGUGCCGAUAUGAUUAAGGCGGCAUGGAGGGAUUCAUAACAUUUUGAGUUUUUUUAUAUAUA